GCAUCCGGGGCGCAUGCGCGGCGACUUGAAGCGGCUGCUGAAUGGAGUGCAGGCUGUUGUGUAUGAGCCGCUCCUGUCACUCCCAGUUUAACACGUCUUCAAUGCAUUGUGCCGAGUCUUAACUUCUCCUCCUCGCUGCUUGUUGGCCGCGGAGUCAAACGGACCGAAUGUUCUUCCUGUGACUGAACCAGGAAACUGGACCGUCUUCCUCUCUAACAAAGCUGCACAUUACUGCCUGGUAAGGUACCGCCACGGCAACUAACGACAGCUCUGCUCUCGUCUUUAACUACCAAAUCUAUAUCCGGGCUGGUGUGUGUGGCGGCAUCAUGUGGAGGAAGGCUUCGGCGGCGCUCCUGCUGGCUCUGGCCGUCGGCUACUUCUACGGCGGCAGCCCGGAGCUGCCGGAGCAGCUCCUUCAGUACAUCGGCCUGCCAAACGUCCAGACGGCGUCACAGAGCGACAGCCUGGAGCAGGCCAUCUCUGCUGCCUGGGAGGCUCUGAUCACUCUACCAAGCAGGCAGUGGAGCAAAGUGGCCGUAGGGGUGAAUGCCUGCGUGGACGUGGUCGUCUCCGGCGUGGGACUGCUGCAGGCUCUGGCUCUGGAUCCUGGCACCGGCCGGGAUCACGAAGUCCUGCAUUCAAAGGAGGACUUGAAGGAGACCUUCAUCCACUUCAUGGAGCGGGGAGCAGCGGCAGAGCGGUUCUUCAGCGACGAGGAGGUGUUUCAGAGGAUCGCUCGUGCAGCGGCAGAGUACCCCGGUGCGAAGCUGUAUGUUGGAGGAAAUGCUGCCCUCAUUGGUCAGAAGUUUGCCACCUACCCGGAUUUGAUGGUUUUGCUGUGCGGGCCGGUCGGUCCUAAACUUCACGAGAUGCUGGAUGAGCAGAUCGUCGUUCCUCCAGAAUCUCUUCAGGAGACGGAUGAGUUUCACCUCAUCCUGGAAUAUAAAGCAGGUGAACAGUGGGCUUCCACUCAGGCGCCGCAGGCGAACCGCUUCAUCUUCUCCCAUGACGUGUCCAACGGGGAGAUGAGCUCCCUGGAGACGUUUGUGGCGAGCCUGGACGAGUUCCAGCCGGAGCUGGUGGUGCUGUCGGGGUUCCACAUGAUGGAGGGUCAGGGCAGAGAGCUGUGGGGGGAGCGGCUGAAAGAGGCUGUAGCAGCCGUAGCUGAUAUUCCGAAGGACAUUCCCAUCCACCUGGAGCUGGCCAGCAUGACUGAUAAAGACUUCAUGACGCGGCUCAUGCAGGAGCAGGUCCUGCCUAUUGUCAGCUCCGUGGGCCUGAACGAGCAGGAGCUGCUGUUCCUCUCCCAGGCCGGCGACGGCCCCCACGCCGCUCUGGCUGCAUGGAAGGGCAGCCCCGACGUGGGCCGCGUCUCCGACAUCCUCCUCUGGACCCUAGAGCGACACGGCCGCACCGACCCGUCCUCGGAGUCCGAGCUCACGCGCAUCCACUUCCACACGCUGGCCUACCACAUCCUGGCAACGGUGGACGGUUACUGGGGGAACCAGGCGGCGGCGGUGAUGGCGGGGGCCCGCGUGGCCAGCAGUCAGGCCUGCGGCCUCCGGGCUGUGGACGUGAGCAAAGUGGAGCUGAAGGCCCCGCUGGAGUUCCACAGCUCCCACUUUGAGCCUCGGGAGCAGCUGUCCGUGAACCCAGAGGAGCCCGUCACCGUGUGGCACCGGGGAAACGUCACCUUCCACCUGACCCCAGUGCUGGUCUGCAAAAGACCCCUCCGGACAGUGGGGCUCGGGGACGCCAUCUCAGCCGAGGGACUAGUUUACUCUGAAUUAAAGAGCCAGCAGCCCUUUUAAGGCUCCUUCACUCUGUGCGUCUGGGAAACGCUGACGGGAAGAACUGAAACUCUCAUCCGCAGCUCUGGUGGUCCCGGAGCCGGCUUAGACCUCCGUGUCCUGAUCCAGGUUCCUUCGUCCCAAAGAUCCGUUAUGUUUAAGUGACCUGUGUGAAAUAUUGAUGUCCCCCCCCACCACCACCACCACCAGCCUGGAAAGGCGGGCAGAACUGGAUGUCUGUGAGCCGCCAUGCAGCCGGACUCGAUGCACCGCGCGCAGCCCGAAGCCAUCCUCCCAAACCCCAAAGAGUUUAAUCAUCACAGCUACUUUACUUUAACCUGCAUAUCUUUAGUAUGCUGUGCCUUCAGUAAGAACCAGAGUUAUUAUUGAAUCCUUUCUUCAUAUUUUAUUAGAAAGCAGUAUAAAACUUCAGAUUAGUUGCCCUUUGACGUAGGUACUGUAUAAACUUGAAACUGUGGUAGAAUCUAACGUUUCUAGAAGUUCUCGGUGCGCUCACAUCUAAUAUUUACUUGAAAGUUCAUCCUCUUCUGGACACCAAACAUUUCUAAGUGCUUGACCGUAACAUGUCUGGUCAACUGGAUUGUUUUCUAAAAGUGAGAUUAUAACAGGUUCCUACUCCGUCUUGAAAGUUCUGAGAAAGCACGAAAUGUGCUCUUGUCAUUUUCCUCGUCUAGAUUAAUAAGUAUGGAAAAACCUUUGCUUCCAUGCUUUAUUCCUUGUUGUAGUUACUAAACAAUUAAGAAAGAAACCCAAAUUUUGUAAGGAAAAAAAUAAAACAUCACUGUCAAGAGUAUUAAAGACUAUAUAUUCUGUCUAGGAUAAUCCAUUCCAGAUUUUACAGUCCAGUAAUAAGCGGCGUUUUUGCUCUUUACUGUUUUAACAUCAUGUUCGCCACUGUGCUGGCUCGUGGAUUACAGUAUAAAAAACUGCAACUAAUAAAAUCCCACCAGGCAAAGGUUUUAUUUUGAAAUGUUCACAUUGCUUUAUAAUUUGUGGAAAAAUCUUGAAAUUUGUCACUGAACAAGUAUUUGAUUUUAAACUAGAAAAUGUGUAGGAUCCCUGUUUUUCUGUCUUAUUGUUUGACCAAAACACUCCCACUAUAAAAAAGAAAAGAAGAAGAGAUUUGAGUUUUAAAGCUCAAAAUGUUUCUUUUUUUCUUAGAGAUAGCUUACCAGUAUGGAUAGAACAAAGAUGUUUUAAAUGUUAUCCUGAAGCCGGUUCUUCUUUAUUGGCUAAAUAUCAGUUUCUAUUCCGAUGCCAGCUAACUAACCAGAAGGUUCUCAUAAGACGGCGUAAGUUAACGCGUCACAACAGCUGUGAUCAUAUGAUGUUCGAUACUGUACGUUUUUUGUUGAGUAGGUUCUUCUUUUCUUUUUUUAAUAAGAGACGGUUGUGUAAUAGAAAUUGUGAAACUUAUUCUAAGAAACUGAAAGGUUCUCACACAAAGAUACAUUUUCUUGGCUGUAAACUUAUUAAAUCCACACAUUAUGUCAGGCAUACAGAACACUCCGUUUGUUUACCUCAGACCGCCUCCUAAGGCAUGCAAUAAUCAUAGUCUUAAUGCAAGCUUAUAUCAAAAAGCCCACACAGCGUUUGGGGUUAGAAAAGUGAUUCUUUGCACUAGUAAAGAUAGGUGGCACGGUGAGCCUAUGGAGCGGACUUCCCAUUUAUUGUUUUUAUUUUUUUUUGUUUUGUUUUUGCGAGCACAAUCUGUUGAUCUUUACUCAUUUCAUUUUGUUGUCUGGAUCAUGUUUGUAAUGUGUAGCAAGUUUCAUUCCCUGGCAUUAAAACAUGGAUGGAA